GUCGAAUGCUUGCCCGGCUCACUUAUUGCUUUUGCUAUGCAGAUGAGUUGAUCAUUGUGCCGCCUGGUGAAAAAUCAGCCGAGCUGGAGGGAAGGAAUGUGUUACAAGUCAGGGAAUUUGAUGACCCAAAGUAUUAUCCCUUCACCAGAGAAUCUAUACUUGAAAAGAGGCUGGCUAUGUUCAAGUCACACACAAUAGAGUCACUGUUGGCAAAGGACUUCACGUAUCUUGGCAAAGCUCGUAAGAUGGCAUGGCUGAAGCUGCCUUCUCCAUCUGGUUAUGUGAAUGGUCAGGUAUUGGCGUACAUGGAUGAGUCUGAGGAGGUUGGUUCCCUCAUAGCAUUUGGGGAAGAUGGUCGAAUGGUCUCCAGAAAUGUUAGGGACAAACUCGAGGAUGAAGAUAUUUCUUCAGUCUUCAAUGACACCCUUCGCCAGGAGAUACUUGCUGAUCUGGCUGAUUUGGAAACUAAUUAUAUGUUGUACUGAUAGUACUUUUAAUUACUCGCUAGUUUUAGUCUUUAUUUAUUCAAUUACGGAAUAUUUGAGUGCUUUGUGUUAUUAUUUUUGUCUUUAUUUAAUUGCUGAUCAUUAGGAGUGUUAUUAUUGUUCGGACAUUGUCAUUGUAAUCUUAAUCUACUACUUCUACAAUUUUAGUUGUGGUCAGGGGCUCAUUGAUUGGUCCAGA